AUGCUCAACCCCGAUGCUUCUGCUCCGGAGCCUCGAACUGACCAUUCCCUCCUUUUUCUAGUACGCAUCUGCGUCUGCGGUGACGAGGGCACUGGCAAGUCCAGCCUCAUUGCUUCGCUGGUCAAGGACGUCUUCAUCUCCAACAAAAUCCAAUCAGUCCUGCCCUCGAUCACGAUCCCCCCCCAGCUCGGCACCCCCGAGAACGUGACGACCACCAUCGUCGACACCUCCGCUCGACCUCAGGACCGCACUACCCUCCGCAAGGAGAUACGAAAAUGCAACGUCAUUCUCCUUGUCUAUUCGGACCACUACAGCUACGAGCGUGUUGCUCUCUUCUGGAUGCCGUAUUUUCGCUCCCUCGGCGUCAACGUUCCCGUCGUUCUGUGCGCCAACAAGUCCGAUCUGACGGGCGAAGGGAACACGCCUCAGGUUGUGGAGGGCGAGAUGCUGCCCGUCAUGUCCGAGUUUCGCGAGAUUGAUUCGUGCAUUCGCUCGAGUGCGAGGGAGCACCGAAACGUCAACGAAGUUUUCUUCCUCUGCCAAAAGGCCGUCACUCACCCCAUCGCCCCGCUGUUCGAUUACAAGGAGGGGAACUUGAAGCCGGCUUGUGUCGACGCGUUAAAGCGGAUAUUCUAUCUGUGCGACAAGGACCAGGAUGGAUAUCUCAGUGACCAGGAAAUGCACAAUUUCCAGACCAAGUGCUUCGACAAGACUCUGACUGCCGAGGACCUGGAAAACAUCAAGCUCUCCAUCAGCAAAGCAGUGCCGAGCCUGUCGACCGAGAAGGGAAUCGACCAGCGAGGGUUCUUGCAGCUGAACAAGAUUUACGCCGAGAAGGGCCGACACGAGACGAUCUGGAUCAUACUGCGCAAGUUUCGCUACACGGACAGCUUGAGCUUGGAAGAUAGCUUCCUGCAUCCCAAGUUUGAUGUGCCAGAGUAUUCGUCGGCAGAGCUGAGUCCCGCAGGUUACCGCUUCUUCGUAGACCUGUUCUUAUUGUUUGAUAAGGAUAACGACGGCGGCCUGAACGACAAGGAACUGGAGGCCCUCUUUGCGCCGACGCCUGGCCUUCCGGCCUCCUGGAUUGAGACCUCUUUCCCAUCUUCGACUGUGCGCAACGAAGCAGGCCACGUCACUCUGCAGGGCUGGCUCGCUCAGUGGAGUAUGACCACAUUCAUGGAACCAAAGACAACGCUUGAAUACCUGGCCUACCUAGGAUUUGAAGCAGCGACUGCUCGAGAAACCACCACUGCUGCUCUGAAGGUGACGAAAUCGCGGAAGCGGAGAAGGCGCCCUGGGAAGGUGGAGCGUAACGUUGUGCUGUGUUACGUCUUGGGUGCCUCUGGGGCUGGCAAGUCGUCGCUCCUGGACGCCUUCCUGAACCGCCCUUUUGACAACCUAUAUCGGCCAACGAUUAAGCCACGACGUGCUGUCAAUAGUGUCGAACUUCCCGGCGGCAAGCAAUGCUACCUAAUCCUGGAGGAGCUGGGUGAACUCGAACCUGCUAUACUGGAAAACCAGGCCAAGCUGGACGCAUGCGAUCUCAUCUGCUACACGUACGACUCUUCGGAUCCCGAUUCCUUCUCCCACAUCGUUGAGUUGCGCAAGCGCUACCCGCAACUGGACGAUCUUCCCAACAUUUACACGGCCUUGAAAGCAGACAAAGACAAGACGACGCAACGCAGUGAGAUGCAGCCGGACACGUACACCUCGAGCUUGAUGAUGAGCACACCCCUGCAUGUCACUGUCAAGUGGUCUAACAUCAACGAACUAUUUAUCACACUGGCGGACGCGGCAACGAACCCCAGCACGGCCUUCCCACGCAGCGAGGAACCGCCUCCGGAUAGGACCAGUUUGUAUCUCGCCUUGGGGGCCACGGCCUGCGCCGGGGUUGCCGCCUUCAUGAUCUGGCGGCGGUCAACGACGUCCGCUUAG